AUGUCAUCUCUCUUUCAGCUUCCAGAAGAGCUUCUUCUGUCACCUCUAUAUGACCGCUUCCCCUGCCGAGAACAUCAAAUCCGUUCCCUGGCUACCCUCCUCCAUUCCGCAGCCGCGCCUUGCAAGAACCUUGUUGUAUACGGCACCGAAGCUACCGGCAAGUCUGCAGUCGUCGAGUCUCUUCUGCAAACUCUUUCCAAACCCUCCCAUGAGCAACCAGAAACCGAAACUUCCCUAAAUUUUGCCAUCGUCAACUCCAUACAGUGUAUCACUGGCCGCCACCUAUUCGAGAGGACCGUCGCUGCCGUGGUUGACUCCAUAAAAUGGGACGCACCGCCCAGGAAAUGCGAGACUCUGGCGCAGUUGGUGGUUGAGCUGUGCAAGAUGCUCAAGUACACCCAACGGCCCCAGGGCUGGCGUUUCGUACUCGUCUUCGACGCGAUCGACCGGCAGCGAGAUGCUCCUCCGACACUCCUUCAAGCACUAGCAAGGCUACCUGAAGUGAUACCUUGCUUGACCUGUGUUUUCAUUGUAACUGCACCGUCUCCCGCCUUCCUUCGAACCUCCUUCGCACCGCAUAUCCAGUUCCCGAACUAUACCAAACAAGAGUUUGUAAAGAUUCUCUCCGUCAACCCGCCGCCCCCAACCCCGACGACUACCCAGGACGACACAAACUUCCUUUGGACCCGCUUCUGCGGCGCUGUAUGCGACGCUCUCACGACCUCGGCCUCUCGCACUCUGCCCUCGUGCCGCCACAGCUGCGAAGCCCUUUGGCCUCGCUUCACGGCGCCAAUUCUCGCCCGCACGCACGGCCCGCGCGAGUUCUCCAAGCUUCUCAUCGCUUCGCGCAUGCACUUUCAGGACGAAAGCCUGCUGAACCCAAGUAUCGUCUCUGUCAAGCCCGGCGCGGCGUCCUUGGCACCCGACGUGAACGGAUCCGGACCCGGCCUCGUCGGAACACCGUCCAAGCACGCAGCGGCGCAGCAGCAGGCGAUGAGUACUGCCACCACAGACCUGACGACGCUGCUGCCGACGACGACGCGCCUGUUGCUGCUGGCGGCGUACCUGGCAUCGCACAACGCCGCCAAGCACGAUCUGGUGCUCUUUUCGACGUAUCACCACGGCCGACGCAAGCGCCGCGGCGGAGGCUUCGUGGCGCCGAAACGCGGCCGACCUAGCAAGCACAAGAAGAUUUCGCGCAAGCUGCUCGGCGCGCACGCCUUCGUUCUCGAGCGCAUGCUCGCCAUCUUCGCCGCCGUGCGGAGCGAGUGGGCUGCCGACGGCGGGUUUGCCACCGGGAGCGUGGUUGAUGGAGACGUCGGUAUGGCGAUUUCGACCCUUGCCAGCUUGCGGCUGUUGAUGAGGGUCGGCACGGCAGGCGACCCGACGGACAGGGGCGGCAAGUGGAGGAUUAAUGUGGGAUGGGAUAUCAUCAGAGGUGUGGGGAGAAGUCUCGGUAUCGAGGUAGAGGAAUGGCUCGUUGAUUGA